AAAGCGGCGGGUCCCUGUCUUAGGAGGAUUACGGCACCAUUGCGGAGGGCUGGUGCUUUCAGAUGCCUGCGAUGAAUGAACGGGGCUAACCUGGCUGGUAUAAAAAGGCGACGUCGCCGGUUCGCGUGGCCACCCCAGGAGAAGGCGGCGAAAGCGUUACUUCCCAGGCGUUUGCAGUUGUCGGUCUCCAGUAGAAGAAAAAGACUCAGAAUGUGGCUCUUAGAGAAAAUCCGGGGCUCAGUGGACAAUAGCGGUUCUCGUGGCAAUGACUCGGCAGAUAAGCAGUCCAAAGGACCCUUGUACAGCAAUGUCCUGACUCCAGAUAAAAUCCCGGAUUUUUUCAUUCCUCCCAAGUUGCCGACGGUGCCUCCUGAGGCCGAGGAAGGGAACACCAAACCCAAUCUGGGCACUUCGGCCUCUGAGCAGAAUUUAUCUGCCCGCAAAACCCCGCGCAGCCCUCGUUUGCCCGUGAAGGCUGUCUCGGAGAGCAAGAAUCUUUUAAAAGCCGCCAGCCGACACAUCAUUCAGAUCGAGAGCGCGGAUGAAUGGAUGUCUGAGGAGGACUACAGUACCAAUGCAGACCCACAGUCCCAGACGGCCAUGUCACUGCCGUAUGUCCCUAAAGCACAGACCUCGUACGGCUUCGCGACGCUGAUGGAGAGUCCUCACACGCGCCGUAAGGAAUCUCUUUUCCACAGCGAGCACACCAGCCUGUGCCCAUCCCAGUCCUCCUCGCCCAGUUCUCAACGGAAGUCCACCUCAGGAGGGAGCAAGACCAAUGGAGAGAGCGCCCACCUGAACCCCUCGGACAUCAGUAUGUCCCUCAUGAAUCCCUACCGCUACUUCAGUGGAGGGGAGAGCGACACCUGUUCCUCUGCAGAGUCCUCUCCCUUCGGUUCCCCACUGCUGUCACGGUCGGUGUCCCUUCUCAAGAUCUUCAGCCAGGAGAGUCAAUCCAAGGUCAUCAAACUCAAACAUUCAGUGGCUCGCAACAGUUCCCUGUCCACUGACGACAGUUCGGCCGACACCAGUCCCAGCUCCCAGCGCCGCAUGCGCUGUGCGACCCCUCCAACCGGGGGAGCCACCGGCGGGGUACAACCCCAGCCCCUCGCCCCCACGGACUCCCAAGAUAGAUUUCACAAGGAACACACGCUCAGUUUUAGCAAAGGAGGCAGCAUCCGCUUGGUGGUCCAGUACAACCCGUCCAACGCCCGGCUGCGGGUGCGCGUCGUGGCCGCUGAAGACCUCUAUGACAAGCACUGUGAGGUCCGGAGCAUCAAUUGUUGCGUGGCUCUCUAUUUAAACCCUGGCAAGCUGCAGAAGCAACGGAGCACGAUCAUCAAGAACAGCCGCAACCCCAUCUUCAACGAAGAUUUCUUUUUCGACGGGCUGGGCCUCAGCAACAUGAGGAAAAUGUCCCUCAAGGUCAAAGUGGUCAACAAAGGCAGCAGUCUCAAACGGGACACUCUGAUGGGCGAGAAGGAACUGCCCCUCACUUCGUUGCUCCCCUUUUUAUAAAGUCUCCCCUCUCCAGUGUCUGUGGGCCUGCCGCUAAUCCCAGUUGGCUUCUUGCCUGGGAAGGGUUGGAGAUCUGCUGACGCAGAUUCCUCCAAGGUCAGUCAGUGUUUCCGUAAAAUGGGUGUUGCAUGUUUGAAGUCCAUGGAGGGGGCUUCCAAGCAUUUUUGCAUGAAACCUCAGUACCUUGCCACAUGACCUUAUUUUCGUAGAAGGUCAGGAUAUUCUUUGUCUCUCGGGUCCAAGGUGUGUCCCUUGGUCACUGCGAUCCGGUCUUCUUUCACGGUUACCGUGUUGGGAGGUAGGGCGGAAGAGGGCCUGGGAAUGUGAAGGGAAGCAGGGAGGUUCCUUUCCUCAGCGUAGGAGCUGGCUGCAUGAAUCAACCAGGUUUCCACCCUGUAUUUGAACCUCUUCCUCACAAAUGCAUGCCGAGAAUCUGAGAAUGUAUCCCUCUUAAGAUGCAUGCUGGUUGCAUUUGAUUCCGUCGCGUCGUUGAGCAAGUGCCAAGGUGAUCUAAAACUUGGCUUCUGCAAAAUGGGAUGUGACCGCUUGCUUCGCCUACCCAGGAAACUUCUUCCCGCUUCCCAAAUUCGGUGCCAAUUCCAAUAUCCGAUUUGGGAGCUACGGUCGACACGUGCUUUCUGAAGGAAAUGGACGAGGAGAAUGAGCUGGGCCGAAAAGAGCCUCUGAAGCCCAGCUGAUGAUCCAGCAGCUGUCCCCAAAAAGGUGGUUUUGCAAGAUUUGGGGGAUUGGACAGAGACCCUGCCUCCCUGCUCUGCUUGACUUCAGGGGAAAUUACAGGAAUUGGAGCGAUGUCCGAUAUGAACUUUCAACCCGGAGGCAAAAUAAAAUAAAAUAAAUGGACUUAUGGAUGUUGCACUUUCUGGACAGUAGAUCAAAAUGAAGGAAAACAUACAGAGAGAUAACAAGGGAAAGAGGAAAAUAUGGAGGGGGGGCGGGCGUGGUUAUUUUUUUAAUAUUUUGAUAAUCCUGGCCUGAGAGACUGUCCUCGAUAAUAAUAAAUAACGAUAAUUUUAAAAGUGGGCUGGGUGAUAGUCACAGAAUUGCCUUAUCCUGCACUGUUCUGCUUUUUUGGAGUCUUCGGAGGCUCCGAUCACUCCCAGCCUUAAGAAUUUGGAGUCUGCACUUCAGAUGGCUUGAACCCAUCUCAAGAUAAAACUCUGAUGGGUCCUGAUUGAGACACCUAACCCUCCAUUCAAACAAGAGUGGGCAAGAAUCAGUGUUAGUCUCUACCAAAGUGUUUUUCAAACUUGACAGCUUGAAGAUGCUUCGAUUCCCAGAAUUCCCCAGCCAGCAUUCUUUAAAAAUGGCUGGACUUCAGCUCCCAGAAUUCCCCA